AUGACGUUGUAUUAUUCGAUUGUAUUUGCGCUGCUGCUCUUCCAGAUGGCCAUGUUUUUGAUUCUUAUUGUGCCGCUUCCGUUUUCGGCGCGCCGCAAGCUCUUUCGCUUCUUGGCAACGAGUGAAAUUGUGGCAAAGAUUAACUACGGCGUGCGCAUCACGUUCAUCUUUGUCGCUGUCUUGUUUGUCGACGCAUUCCAGCGUAUGGUGAAGAUCACGUCCGAUUCAAGCGCGCAGCAGGAACACCCGGGUCUUUCUGAUUUCCGCAACGAGCAAAACUAUCUCGCGCGCAAGUUCUACGCUCAGCGCAACGUUUACCUCACUGGGUUUACGCUAUUCCUUAGCCUUAUCCUCGCGAGGACGCAUUCGCUUAUCCUGGACUUGAUCAAUGCACAGGAAGAACUUGCUGCCACGGGAUCGCCCGACGCUACGCACUCGAGCGCUGACUACGCUACAAUGAAGAAGCAGAUGCAGCAGCAGCAAACCGAGUACAACCGGCUCACCGACGAGCUCGCACAGGCUAAAGCACAAGUGUCCGACAAGAAGGCCGACUAG